AUGUGGCUGCUCCAGGGUCGCUUCGCUGAGGACAGCCGCCAGGAGCUGAGCAAGCUCCUCAAGUACGGACAGACCUACACCAUCGGUCGCAAGAUCCCCGCCGACAUUGUCGUCGAUAGCAAGUUCGUGUCCCGCAACUCCUGUCACAUCACCAUCGCCUCCGAACAGUCCAUCGAAGCUCGCCUUGCAGCUGUCACCGAUCCGCUCGCCUUUCACAAUGAUAUCUCCCUUCGACCGCGCGUCACCAUCCGCUUCGAGGCCAACAAGAGCAGAAAGACGUUUGCCGUCACCAAACAGUCCGCCCCUACCACCAGCACCGCCACAACAGACCCCACAGAUGCCAUCGAGGUGCAUGUACCUCCAGACCAGCAGCACACGCUCGAACAUGGCGAUUCCUUCGCACUCACCACCACCAUCUCCCUCCGCCUUGUGUGGCAGCCAUUCGCCGUCUGCUUUGCUGCACGAAUCAAGGACAACGCCAUAGCGCCUCUCAGAAAGCCUGCGCUCCAGCUCGGCAUCCAUCUCUCGCCAGCAAAGUCACGCUGGAAGGACGGCUACACGCAUCUGUGUCUUGCGCAGCUCAACUCCACCGAGUCUGUCCUCUGCGCCUUGCUUCAGGCACGCCCACUCGUCUCCAUCGACUACUUCCACGAGCUCUUUCGCAGAGCAGAACUGCCUCGUCAUGACCCCGCCUCACUCGAAACCACAUUCGACGAUCUGUCGCCCGCAGCCUACGCACCUCCCGUCGACCCAGGAGAGUUAAGCGAGCUUAUCGACACCCCCAAUCGGCUCGUACCCGACCAGCGUCGCACCUACAUGCUAAAGGCGACUAUGUGCGUCUUUUUUGCGCUUCCCAGUGAUCAGGCCGAGGUCACCAUCUACAAGAACGUCCUCGCAGUGGCGGGUGCACAUGUCUUCACCCACAAUCCCGUCGCUGAAAAGCUCGAGACCAAGGCCGACUUUGCCCAGCUCCUCAUGCCGUACAAGAAUAGCGCGCUCUCCUACUGGCGCAACAGCAGCGCACAGGCACGCAGCGAGGCGCCCGAUGAUGGUCUCGUCGUGCUCGUCAGCGGCGAGCAUGCCGAUUCGGCGUGGGGACAAGCGUGUGCGGUGGCGUGCAGCAAUCUACGCAUCGCCAUGCCCACAGGCUUUCAUGGACUCACCAGCGCCAUCCUCACAGCCGACGUCCGCGCACACCUCAAUGUCUUCCCGAAGAUGCCCGACGACGGCGGCGCAUCCAUGCUUCCUCCUGCCACGAUGCCCGUCUCUUCUCCGCCUCCUCCGCCUUCCACGCCACAGAUCCGUGAGGAGACGCGUUCGAAUGAUGCAUCUGCUCGGAAGCAGCCUUCGCCCAAGCGAAUUGAAGCGCCGGCAGCAGCCCCAGUUGAGCGAAGGGAAAGCCUGGCCAUCGAUGCACCGAUAUCCGAAAAUGUGCCACCCCCACAGAGCGCAACGGAAGGGCAGAGGAGACCACUGACCCGCAGAACACGCAAGCCAGUCUCGGAAGCAAACGAGGCCUCCUCCCACACCACAGCGAUGGAUCCGCCUUCUAUCUCGGCACCCACAGAGAGCACAGAUGCCCAUGCGGCCGGCGCCGAGGCCUCUGAAUCCUUGGAACCGCAGGGUGGCUUGCAAACGGCUCGCUCGGCGCGCAGUGGGCUCACCAGGCGUACAGGUGCAACUCGCACCAACUCUCGUCGCUCCGACAUUUUCGAUGCCAUCUUACAGCCGGGCGAUGCAAACGCUUCCGCAGAUGCGUCCGCAAACACCAGCGGCUCCGUCGAGACGCAAGCUGGUGGCACGACUUCGGUGCCGCGCAGCCGACGCUACAGAAUGGAUCUGGACGAGGAGGACCGAGCCCAGACGCAGUCCUUGGUGGAUGCGCAAGCCUCGAGUCAAAGCCAAGCGGUCGAUCUCGGCAAGAGAAAGUCGCCGCCGCCCGUGGUCGGUGAUGAGACCGCACAUACCUCGAAGCGGACGCGCACCGAGGCGACUGCCGCAGACCCAGCACCGGAAGCGACACGCAUUGUCCGCGCUGAUACAGAUGCUGCACAGGGACUAGCCGAGGGCGCACAGCCCGACACGGAGCCUCAUUUCCUGGCGGCGCUCAACACGCAGCGCGCACAGGUCAGCGCGGUCGACGACUUUGACGCCGACUUCAACCGGCUCACCAUCGCCAAGGGCGCGUCGGGUCCGUUGGACCGCCACGUCGCCUCUCGAUCGACGAAGGCACAGGCGCAACCAGCACGCAAGGAUGCAGCGGUGGAUGAGAAUUACGAGGCAUUCAAGCGGAUGGCGGAGGAAGAACUGCGUAUGCACGUGCGCGGCAACUUUGUCCAGGUCGACUUUGUUCCGCUUGUCCGCAAGCCCACAGCCCGCACAGCCACGGCGACAAACGCAGGCCCGAACUUUAAGAAGUUUCGACGCAAGGCCGAGGCAGGCACGCCGCGGCAGGAUGCGCAGGUCUCGCGCACCCAGGUGGCGCUCACGCUGCCCGAGAGCAACGACUACGGGCUGGGCGAGGCAUACUGGGAGCAGAACGACGAGACUUCUCUCCCGCACGAGGGGGCGGCGGCCACUCGUCGCGGUCGCGCAAAGGUCGCACUGGAUCCAGCCUCGGUCGAAGGUGGGGCUGUCGAUCUGGGACUCGAUGGUCUGGACGAGGAGUCGGAUGACGGCGCGGAUAUGACGACGCUGCUAGAACGGCGGCAUGGCCGACCAUCGCAGAGAGCGUCGCAGGCGCGCGGCAGGAAACGACCCGUGGCGAUGGUCGACGAGAGCGACGACGAGGUCGUGCCGUCUCGAGUCGUACCGCGCGCGGCGGUGAAGGCGGCCAAGACAUCAGCGGCCAUGGUGAUUGACGACGACGAGGAUAGCGACGAGGAUGCGGACGACGACGGAAACUUUGCCGGCUUUGGUCGCAGCUCUUCCACGCGCCGCAGACGCGAUGUGCCUGCUACUGCGUCCGGCCGCACGCGGCGCACAGCCUUUUAA